AGUGGGGCGUGGCUAAGGAGAGCAGCUGCCCGCUUUCAAGAUGGAGGAGCCCAGCACAUGGGAUGAGCCGAGCAGCGGCUCCAGUAGCAGCAAUGAGGAAGAUGAGGACAUGGAAAUGGAGGAGAAGGGUCAAGAAGAAGAGAAGGGUCGAGGGGGAGCUUAUGUGCCAGGACAGGGGGCCCCUCCAGCACCUGGGGAAGAACUGGUGAUGGACGAGGGUGCCUAUCGCCUCUAUCAUCGCGCAGGCACAGGUUCUCCUUGCUUGAGCUUUGACAUUUUGCAAGAUGCCCUUGGAGAGAAUCGAACCACCUACCCGCUGAGCCUUCUCCUUUGUGCUGGAACUCAGGCUGAAACUGCCAAUGCCAACAGGCUGAUGGUGAUGAAGAUGCACCACCUCUAUGGGACCAAAGGUGCUGGCAAGGAUUCUUCAGGGUCAGAGAGUAGCAGCGACAGUGAAAGUGAUGAAGAUGAAGAGAAAAAACCCCAACUGGAGCUGGCCAUGGUCCCCCAUUAUGGGGGUAUUAACAGAGUUCGGGUGACAGAAUUAGGUGGAUCACAGAUUGCAGCGGUUUGGUCUGAGAAGGGGCAGGUGGACAUAUACGAUCUACAGCGCCCCCUCGUGGCCCUGUCCGACUCUCAAGCCAUGGCAGUCUUUCUGCGAGAAGAGCAGGCCAAGAUCAAACCCGUCUUCUCAUUCACUGGGCAUAUGACGGAAGGAUUUGCUAUGGACUGGUCUCCCAAGAAACCAGGGACUCUUUUGACUGGCGAUUGCAACAAGAACAUCCAUCUGUGGACACCCAAGGAAGAUGGAUCAUGGCUUGUAGACCAGCGGCCUUUCACAGCCCACACUGCAUCAGUGGAAGACCUGCAGUGGUCCCCAAAUGAAGCUACGGUUUUUGCUUCCUGCUCAGCGGAUGCCUCCAUCCGCAUCUGGGAUACACGGGCGCCACCGGGGAAAGCCUGCAUGCUGACCGCCAGCCAGGCACAUGAUGCAGACGUCAAUGUCAUCAGCUGGAAUCGAAACGAGCCCUUCAUCGUCAGCGGUGGCGAUGAUGGGAUCCUCAGGAUCUGGGACCUCAGGCAGUUCCAGAAAGGGUCAGCUGUCGCCACCUUCAAGCAGCACACGGCACCCAUCACAUCCGUUGAAUGGCACCCUACAGACAGCGGCGUGUUUGCAGCCUCCGGCGCCGAUGACCAGGUGACGCAGUGGGACUUGGCUGUGGAGCGAGACGAGGAAGCAGAGGCCAAGGACACAGCUUUGGCCUCCAUCCCACCCCAACUGCUGUUUGUUCACCAGGGAGAGAAUGACAUUAAGGAGCUGCAUUGGCAUCCGCAGUGCCCCGGCACCCUUGUCACCACAGCCCUAUCUGGGUUCAACAUCUUCCGGACUAUCAGCGUCUGAGGGAGAGGCUUUCAAAAUGGCUGCCUGG